UAGUUGCUUGUUAGUACGCUUGACACCUAAGAGAGUAAAGCACUUGGGAUAUUAGAUUAUGAGAAUUGGUUGCUCUUUCUGAUGAUUAAAAUUCAGAAGCAAGCAGAAAGGUGACUAGUUUAUUCCAAACUGAGGCAGUACACAAGCAACAUUGAGGUGAUAGAUCCAACUAAGUUAUAAAUAAAUAAACCUGAGCCAAAUAGUCUCAAGAUGAAGACAGAAUUGUCAAAGAAGGCCAUGGGAUGUGGCCUACAUGAGUUGUUGUUAGGAGCAACACCCAACCCAAGCACUAAGACGCCCUCCUCUGAUUUUGAUGAGGGAACCAACUAGCUAGCUAGACCUCUUCUUUUCUAGGAGAUGUUUAAGUUUCAUUUUGUCCAUGGAGUACCUUGCAAGCAAGACCCCAUCUUCUACUUACUUAAGCCACUCAAUCCGAUUCAUUUCUUCCCCCUUUUUUACAACAUGUUCCGCACGCAUAAAACAGCGCAGAUGCAGAUGGACUAAGAUAGUACAUCUUUUUCACUGUGAGUUUUGGUCUCAGCAGUUACUUCUUUUUUCGGUUUUCAGGAGGUGCAUCAGCUUAUGCUAGUUUUUUUAAUUUUUGAUAGUAACUUGAUUGACAAAGUGCAAAUGAGGAACAGUUAGAGGGGAAUCAUCAUACUGGUCCAGAGGAUUCAUUCUUAAGCAAGUUUAAACAAUGACAUACAGACGAAGUUACCUACUGUGUGACAGCUAGCUCAGGUAUGCUAGUCUAAUAACAUAGAUCAGUUACAACUCAAACUUCCUAUUAACCAACAACCAGCAUGAGCAUGACAGCAUCAUUUCCCACUUCAGAACCCACGUAUGCUAGUGCCAAAGUAGAAUCAUCAAUGUACUUAUUACCCUGCAGAAGGCAUUGAUUUCAGAUAUAAUUGAGAGUGAUGCGGUGACUGAUUCACAUACUAACAGAUGAACAGGGACUAUUAGAUGAAGGUAAGCACAUCUGUUUUGACUGAUAAUCUGGACACUCCCCUCUCAUAUCUGGUCCUGUUCAAAACACAUGGGCAUUCAAGAAAACACAAAAAAGAAGUGUAUUUUACUCGUAUUUCAGGGUAGAGCAGUAACAGUGAAGCAUACAUGUGGAUAAAAACCCUUUCAUGCAUAAAUUUUUAUUGGCUCCUCAUACAAAUAAAUUGCAGCCUUUAUGUUUUUUUUGUACAACUGAACAAGCCAUGUUGGUUCUUGUACAUCACACAUGGCAGAGGUCUAAAGAGACAUGUUUGAAGUACAAAGGCAAGGCAAGCCAAAACAUUGCACCUCCAGUUCUCCCUGCUGCAAAAAUUCCUGCCUAGCUUUUGAGGCUUAUCAAUCAAGCAAGGUUGGUUGGAUGUCAUCGAGUGGGAAAGUGGGCACUCCCCUUCAUCAACACCAAUCCAGAAAGAAAUCUAUAUAACAGCCUAUUUCAGAUGAAGGGCUUUCGAAGGAAAAGGAGAUGGACCAAUGUGGUUCCAUUGCUUGCAAGAACUUGAUGCAUGCGGCUUGAACAAGAAUGAACAAAGAUUUGUCGUGAGCUUGUGAGGCUAGUAGAACAAGGUGACAAGAAGAGCCUAUCGAAGUAUAAGCAAGAUUUCUGGGGAGGACUGGGAAGUAUAGAAAAGGCACAGGGAGGAAAUGGUCUUGUUGAGUUUUGAGCAGAAAACAUCAAUUAUAGAGGAGUGUGGCAAGGAGAUAUGUUAAGGAGAUGGGCAAGAAGGGAGGCUGGAUCACUGCACUCAAGAAGGCUUUCACCUCUGGCCCUAAGGACAAGCCUACAAAUGGGCAGCUGGUAGCGCAGUACUCUCACCAGCACAGGAGCGGCGGCGGCGGCGCCGCCGCCGCGAGGGACAAGAAGCGAUGGGGAUUCGGGCGGUCGCGGCAGCACGCCGAGCCGUCGCCGGCGGGCGCGCUGAUCAACAUCCCGCUGUACCGCGAGCCGAGCAGCAUCGAGAAGAUCCUCGUCGACGCCGAGAUGGAGCAGCAGCACCGGCAGUACAGGGCGCAUUACCAGAUCACGCCGGCCAAGCCAGCCACGGUCACCGCGCCCGCCGCCGCCGCGUCGCUGCCAGCGCCGCCGCCACCUGUGUCGGCACGCGAGCGCCAGCGCCGGCGUGACGUCGACGACGACAAGCCCGCCAUCGUGCUCCCGCUGCCUCCGCCGUCGCCGCCCCCGCUCAUCAGGAGGUUCGACCAUGACAGGGAGCAGCAGCAGAAGCUGCAACAGAUGCAGCAGCAGACCCGCGCCGAGACCGAGUGGCGGCGGCCGCAGGCGCAGCGGCGUCGCGCGGCGAGGCCGAGGGGCCCCGCCCCGCCGGACCGCGCCCGCGCUGCCGCCGUGGCGAUCCAGUCCGCGUUCCGCGGCUACAUGGCGCGGCGGAACUACCGCUCCCUGCGCGGCCUGAUCCGGCUGCAGGGCGUGGUCCGCGGGCCCAGCGUCCGUCGCCAGACGGCGCACGCCAUGCGGUGCAUGCAGAUGCUCGUCCGCGUCCAGUCCCAGGUCCGCGCCAGCCGCGUCGAGGCCAUGGAGCGCCGCAACCGCCACCACCACGCCGCCAUGCUCCGCGACGCCGCCCGCUGGCGCGCCGCCUCACAGGACGGCGGCAUCUGGGAGGACAGCUUGCUGAGCCGGGACGAGAUGGACGCGCGGACGAAGCGGAAGGUGGAGGCGGUGAUCAAGCGGGAGCGCGCGCUCGCCUACGCCUACUCCCACCAGCUGCUGAAGGCGACGCCGAUGGCGGCGCACGCGAUCCUGGCGGACCUGCAGUCGGGCCGGAAUCCAUGGUGGUGGACGCCGAUCGAACGCCGGCACGAGGCGGAGGCGGCGGCGGCGCUGCUAUCCCGGCAACGCGUGGAGCACGUCGGGAACGGCGGCGGCGGCGGCAGGCAUGUGGCUGUGACGGCGACGCCGGCGCGGUCGGUGGUGUCGUCCUACUCGACGGCGACGGCGACGACGGCGGCGAGGCCGAGGGCGACGCGGCCGGCGAAGGUGGCGUCGAGCUACGGCGGCGGCGGGAGCAUCCGGGACGACGAGAGCCUGACGAGCUGCCCGGCGUUCGGCGGCGCACUGCCCAACUACAUGACGCCGACGAUGUCGGCGUCGGCCAAGGCGAGGGCGCGCGCGCAGAUGCUGCGGCAGCAGCAGGAGAAGCAGGCGCAGGCGGCGCAGGAGAAGCCGAGGUUCUCGUUCGGCCUCGGCCAGAGCAUCGGCAGCUGGGCCAAGAGCCCCUUCUGGAAGGGCGGCGCCGCCGCCGCUCCGCCGUCGAUCUCGUCGCGGGUUGCCACGCCGGCUGCGUCCGUCGCCGGCAGGCACCGGCCGACGCGGUCGUCGGUGAGCGAGCUCAGCGUCGACUCCGCCGUGUCCAUGCCGGCCGGGAUCGGCCGGAGGACGUUCAAGUAGUACGAUCAAAAUCGCUUGCGUCGUGUGUUUGAAUUCGUCGUGUCGUCGUCGUCGACUCCUCGUCGUUCGUGCUUUGGUUGGUUUGGUGUUUAAGUGUAAAAUGGUGUGGGUUUCUCGUCGUCGUUGUCGUUGCAUUGCAUGGUGCGUAUGUGCGAGCUUGAUGUGCGUGAUUCGUCGCGGUUUUUACACGUGUGGUUGCUGCCUCCUUUUUUUACGAUUUUGUCUCGUGUCGUGACGAUUUCGUUUUUUUUUGAGGGGUUGGUUUGCUGUGGUGUAAAAGCUCGGCGAGUUCAUGGAACAGGAUAUGCUCCGUGCGUUCGUGCGCGUGUGGCGUUAUUUUGUCAUUUGUGAUUUGUUCGUGUGCCGUUCCAGUGUUUUGGGAAAAAAUUUUUAUCUUUUUGCUCGUUUCUGGUUGGCAGAGAUUGCCAAUCGCCUUCUAGAGCCACUACUACUAGAACCCUAAAAACGCUGGUUGUAUCGUGAAAACGUUGGUUAUGAAUACUACUGCUCUUUUAUUUUCA